CACUGUUUCUUACACUGAGUACAUUUAUUUGUCGAGUAUUAGAAGUACAAAAAACAACUCUAAACAUUUUAUUAUUAAUGUUGGAUUACGAGUAACUUAAGUUACAAUUGUGUAGAAAUUUUUUUUUACCUAAAACCUAUAAUCAUAUUUGAACUUGUUGUUUUUAGACACGGAAUGAAAUAAAAUAAACAAUUGAAUUAUUGUUACUAAAUGUAGUUUUAGUUUCGUAGUUUGCGACGAUUUUAGAAAGCCCACGUGUUUGUUUGUGUAUAUUAGUUAAAGUGUUAAAGUGUUUACGCACUUCAUGCAGUCUUCAAAAAAAGACAAGGAUACUUCAAUGAGUGACGACAGUAGUGGAAGUGAUUUUGACGACGAUGAAGAUCCUGACAAGAUUGAGGUUCCAGGUGGUGGAAAGGAUCUUGCUACUGCAGCUGAAAUCCCCAGUAUCAAGAAUGAGAAUUCCAGUUUAACAUCGGCUAUCAAAGCUGAGGGGGAUUUUGAAUUUAGCAAUCAGUUUCCCAGUAAAAUACCUGGAGGUCUUGUGACUAAAAAUCCAAAACUUGGUUACGAGAAAAUAAGAUUUGCUGGAUCACAAGGCAACACACAAGUCCAAGGUUAUCAAAAUGUAAACCAAAUGAAUCAAUUAGCUGGAGGUGGUAGUGGUACAAGUAAUAUUGGUGGAUUUUCACAGAAUAUUUCUCCACUUGCUGGCUUUAAUGCAGGAAACAUUCUUCAGCAAGCGAUGGGCAUGGAUAUGAAUGCUUUAAUGGGCAAUUUUAUGGGUAUGGCUGGUAUGAAUAUGGGUGUAAAUCCAUUCCUACAAAUGCUCAAUCAAAGUGGUCUUCACCAAAAUUGGCCAGGAAGUCUCCCAGGAUUUCCAUCUCCAUGGAUGAAUGCAAUUAAUUCAACGAAAAUGAUGCAGCCAACAAUUCACGAAGAAGACGAAGUUGAUGACGAGGAAAUGGGUGUUGCCGAAACGUAUGCUGAUUAUAUGCCAACUAAAUUAAAACUUGGACGUAAACAUCCGGAUCCCGUUGUGGAAACAGCCUCAUUAUCAAGUGUUGAACCAACUGAUGUCUGGUACCGUAUAUCGAUACCUGAGGAAACAAUUAGAGAAGGUACCUUGUCAGCCCUUCAGUUGGAAUCAAUAACAUACGCAUCGCAGCAACAUGAGCAGCUCUUAUCAGAUGGUACGCGUGCGGGUUUUUUGGUUGGUGAUGGUGCUGGUGUUGGUAAAGGUCGAACAAUUGCUGGUAUUAUUUUCGAAAAUUGGAUAAAAGAUAGACAACGUGCCAUAUGGGUAUCAGUAUCGAACGACUUGAAAUAUGAUGCUGAACGAGAUUUAAAAGACAUUGGUGCCUCAGAAAUUGAUGUGCAUCCAUUGAAUAAAUUUAAAUAUGCCAAAAUAUCAUCAGCAGUUAAUGGCAAUGUCAAAAAAGGUGUUAUAUUCAGCACAUACUCGGCAUUGAUUGGUGAAUCAUCACAAAGCGGUGGGAAGUACAAAAGCAGAUUGAAACAAUUACUCCAGUGGUGUGGCGAAGAUUUUGAUGGUUUGAUAAUAUUUGAUGAAUGUCAUAGAGCUAAAAACUUAUGUCCAACUGGUAGUUCUAAGCCAACAAAAACAGGCUUGACCGUACUUGAACUGCAAAACAAAUUGCCAAAAGCUCGGGUCGUCUAUGCAUCAGCAACUGGUGCAUCAGAACCAAAAAACAUGGCAUACAUGGUACGUCUUGGUAUGUGGGGUGAAGGCACACCAUUUCCCGAUUUUCUCGAUUUCAUUGCUGCUGUGGAGAAACGUGGUGUUGGUGCUAUGGAAAUCGUUGCAAUGGACAUGAAAUUACGUGGUAUGUACAUUGCACGACAGCUUAGUUUUCAUGGUGUUGCAUUUAAAAUUGAAGAAGUACCAUUAAACAAAGAGUUCACAAAAAUGUAUGACGAUUCAGUAAAGUUAUGGGUUGAUGCAAUGCACAAAUUUCAAGAAGCUGCUGAAUUAAUUGACGCUGAAAGUCGUAUGAGGAAAACAAUGUGGGGACAGUUUUGGUCCUCACAUCAGCGGUUUUUUAAAUAUCUAUGUAUUGCAUCUAAAGUUAAACACGCUGUAAGUGUAGCGCGUGAGGCUGUUAAAUGUGGCAAGUGUGUUGUAAUUGGUUUACAAUCAACGGGUGAAGCAAGGACCCUUGAACAGCUUGAGCGUGAUGAUGGUGAAUUAAAUGAUUUUGUGUCAACGGCUAAAGGUGUCCUGCAGACAUUAGUAGAAAAACAUUUUCCGGCUCCUGAUCGUAAUCGCAUCCAUCGUUUACUAGGCUUAGAGCCACCAAAACGACCAAUAUCUAUUGUCGAUGAGGAUCCAGUACUAACUGCUGCGAGUGGUAGCAAGAGAAAACCAGUCAGACAAGCUGCCCAGCGAGCUUCCAAAAAAGUACGAGCAUGGUCAUCGGAAGAAGAAAUAUCUGAAGAAGAUAAAAAUGGUGCUAACAACAGUGGUCACAGCUCAGGCUCGGAGUUCAAAGUAUCUGGAAGUGAUUCUGAUGAUGACAAUCCAUCUGAUGAGAGCAACAUGAGUUCAGAUUUCAAUCCGUUUUAUGAUGACAGUGACUCAGACGCUGAUCCAUGGGACAGACGAAAGAAGAAAAAUCCGAAUAGAAAAGUUAAAAAACCAGUAAAAAAACGUCUAAGUACUCAAGACAAAAUACAAUCAAUGUUGGCCGAGAAAACUGCAAAUCAAAGAAAUCACAAGAAAAACGGCGAUAGUAGUGGGUCUAGUUCUAUGCAAAAUCUGUAUUCAAUAAGCAAAUCCAUGAGUGUUGCACCGCCAAGAGAUUCUAUCGAGCGUGCCUGUUGCAUGAAAGAAGAAUUACUUGCACAAAUUGAAAAACUUGGUGAACGAUUACCAGCAAAUACUCUUGAUCAUCUAAUUGACGAGCUUGGAGGUCCCGAAAAUGUUGCUGAAAUGACGGGAAGAAAAGGCAGGGUUGUUCAAACUGAAAAUGGCAUACAGUAUGAAUCACGCUCAGAAGCUGAUGUGCCACUCGAAACUUUGAACUUGACUGAAAAACAGCGUUUCAUGGAUGGUGAAAAAACGGUUGCAAUUAUAUCUGAAGCAGCGAGUAGUGGUAUAUCUCUGCAGAGUGAUCGUCGUGCUCUUAAUCAAAUGCGUCGUGUUCACAUAACUCUCGAGUUACCAUGGAGUGCUGAUAGAGCAAUACAACAGUUUGGUAGAACACACAGAUCGAAUCAGGUCAACGCACCGGAGUAUAUUUUUUUGAUAUCUGAUUUAGCUGGUGAGCGGAGAUUCGCUUCUACUGUUGCCAAACGUUUGGAGAGUCUUGGUGCCUUGACUCAUGGUGAUCGACGUGCGACUGAAACACGUGAUUUGUCACAGUUUAACAUUGACAACAAAUAUGGUCGAUCAGCUCUGGAGGCAACAAUGAGAGCAAUUAUGAACUAUGAUUCGCCAAUCGUGCCACCACCCCAAGACUACAAAGGUGAUUUUUUCAAAGAUAUUGCUGAUGCUCUUGUUGGUGUUGGACUUAUCGUCAAUAGUGAAACAAUGCCUGGUGUAUUGUCACUCGACAAAGAUUACAAUAAUAUGUCGAAAUUCCUUAACCGUAUACUUGGAAUGCCAGUUGACUUACAAAAUCGUUUGUUCAAAUAUUUUACUGACACACUAGCAGCAAUAAUUGCCCAAGCUAAAAAAACUGGUAAGUUUGAUUUGGGUAUACUUGAUCUUGGUACAUCUGGUGAAAAUGUUAAGCGUGUCAAGCUGUACAGAUUUUUGCGAAAGCACGCAACUGGUACAGCACCAACUGAACUCCAUGUUGUUCAUGUUGAGAGGGGCAUGAGUUGGAUUGAAGCCACUGACAAAUAUUCGGAGCUAGUUGGUUCCAAAGAGGGCUAUUAUCUAAGUCAUCAAAUCAGGAAUGGCAAACAGACAGCAAUACUUGCUUGUGCAGUUGAAAAUGGAAAAAAAAAAUCAGAAGGUAAAAAGGAUCAACUUUAUAUGAUUUAUCGUCCCAACACAGGGCUACAAAUGCGACAAGAAUCACUUGGUGAGCUCGAAAAAAAAUACAAAAAAGUAUCGCCCGAUGAGGCGGAACCUCACUGGACGCAACAGUAUGAGGCAUCCUUUGACACGUGCUCACAUGCUUAUUGGCAGGGUAAUUGCAAAAAUAAAUCAGCACUUGGCAUCGAUUGUGAAAUCGGUUUACGUCGACGAUCUUACAACGUUCUUGCUGGUUCGGUGUUGAGUGUUUGGAGUCGUGUUGAGUCGAUACUUGCAACACGGUCUGGUAAUAAUUCUAAAAUGCAAGUCAUACGUCUAAGAACUGAUGAUGGAAUGAAAAUUGUCGGCACAUUGAUUCCAAAAUCAUGCAUGGAACCACUUCGUAAUGCACUGUCUGCUGACGCUGAAAAAACUGAGGAACAAACCUUUUAAACACACUCGUGUCACAGAGAUAACCCAGGACUGAAUAGACUGUAUCGCGUGUGAUAAGCAACGAACUAGAUCUCACCAGAUGAAGACCAUUUACAAAAAUAAUAAUAUAAUAAUAAGAAGAAUAAUAAUGUUAAAGCAAAAAAAAUAACUUCUAUUAAAGUCAAGAAAUUAAACUAAUGUCUGUAGACGGUAAUUUAUUAACAAAAACUAGAAGCAUCAUUUUUUCUUUCAGUUACGAAACGAUAUUGUCUAGUGUACUAUUCGAUUCUCUUCUUUACUGAUAAAUUCUAUUUACAUUUUUUUUUUAUUUUCUUAUUAUUGUAAUAUGAUUUAAUGCCGCCUCGUCAACUAAUGAUAUAUAUCAUAAAUUAUUUUGAAUUCCGUGAACUUGAUAGAAGAAGAAUUAUAAAUAAUCUAGUAUUUUGUUGAGAAAAAAAAAAUAUAGUCGGUGAGGAAUAAAGUCGA